UAUAAAUAUAAUGAUGUUCAGUUCAUCAAUGAUUGAGCAUAUCUAAAUUUUAUAAAAAUAAUGAUAUGGUGGUUAUUACAACAUAUAUACAGUAUUCAAUUUACAAUUUUUAUACGGUGAUUAGAAAUAGUGUUUAGUUGAAAAGUAUCAUUUCACAAUUAAUGACGUGGAUUUAGGUUAGGUUAUGCACAACGUUACAACUGUUACAAGAAUUCUUAUCGAAAUAAUAUUAUAAAAAUAAUUUAAGUAUUUAUUAUUAAACACAAAUCAUAAAUAAUGUUCGAAAUAACAGAUACACAAAAAAUUGGAGUGGGACUUGUAGGUUUUGGAAUAUCUUUUCUAUUUCUUGGGGUUUUAUUACUGUUUGAUAAAGGUCUUCUUGCUAUUGGAAACAUUUUGUUUAUAUCUGGAUUAGCAUGUGUUAUUGGACCAAAGAGAACUCUCAGCUUUUUUUUUCAAAAACAUAAAAUAAAAGCCAGUGCUUCAUUUUUAGGAGGCAUCAUUGUAGUACUUAUGGGUUGGCCUAUUAUAGGCAUGAUCAUAGAAACAUAUGGUUUUGUAUUAUUAUUUAGUGGUUUUCUCCCAGUUGCGAUAAAUGUUUUACGAAAAGUACCUGGUUUAAGAAUUAUUUUAAAUUUACCAGGUAUAUCUAAAAUAUUAGAUUCAGUUGCAGGAGAUCCAAAUAGAACAACUGUAUAAUAUGUUUGUUAAUGUAUCACUCAAAUCAUUGUAUAUAAGAACCAUUAUUUUAUAUUAUAUCCUAAACAUUCUUGUCAUUCCCUUCUGAAAUUUUACAGAUCUCUUUUUGUAUUGUAUAAAUAUCAAAUGUAAACAAUAAAAUUCAAUUAAUGUCAAUUUA